UACAACUGCUAAAGGAAAUCUUCGCUAUGCAAGUUUUAGUGAUGUAUGUUGGUGGGUUAAAUGUUCUUGGGAAGGAAUCUCUAACGAGGUUAUUAUUGAAUUUUUUAAGGCUUGUGGUAUUAGAAAUAGUUUAGUUAAUCAGGAUGAUUCUGAUAAAGAAAAUGACUAUGAAGAACUAGAAAUUAUCAACUUGACAAUUUAA